AUGCUGCGACUAGGACGGCAUAGCUCCACGCGUAAGGCCUGUUCUCUCCGUCAACCGGCAGCAGCUUACACGAGAGCGAUCAGACCAUCCUCAAUUCGGCCAAGGGGCUUGGUGGUCCCAUCUGGACCGCACGACAACGUCGCGCCGCCGCCCGCCCUCGUCCGAGGCAUCACCACCAACACCUUCGCCAAUAACACCACCACCACGGAGCAGCAGCGAUCAGCGAACUUAUCCCGAUGGAUCCAGGUUGAUCGGCGAAGAGGGCCGCACGUCGGGCCUGCACCAGCAGCGUCGGUGACGCAGGUGCAGCAGUGGAGAGGUCUGGCAUCUGGCUCUAGUGGGAAGGGCAAGGGCGGAGACGAGGAAGGGAUGUUUGACCGCCUCAAGAAGACCUUAACGGAGGAGAUAGAGAAGAAUCCGAGCCUGAAGGAGAGCCUGUCCAAGCUUAAGGAUGCCGAGCAGAAGCUCAGGGAAAACCCUAGCGUGAAGGAGAACCUAGUCAAGCUCAAGGAGGCCGAGAAGAAGUUUAGGGAGAACCCCAGCGUCCAGGAAAACUUGUCCAAGCUCAAGGAUGCGGAGAAGAAGUGGAGAAAGGACGCAAAGAGCAAGCAGGGUGAGUUUGUCAAGCAGGCGGAGAAGGCGAGGGAGAAAGCACAGCAAGGCGGAGGAGUUUUCCAGGAAAAGUUCCAAGAGCUCAAACAAACGCUCGAAGAAAAGCUGGGAAAGGUGGGCGGGGAGAGCGGCGACGGGAAGGAUGGCGGCGAAGGAAAAGACGGCGCGGAGAACGAGUUCGUGCGGGCCUCGAAGGAGAAAUUCUCGGGGGCCCAGAAGGCGCUAGACGAGAACUCGUUGUUCUCCAAGCUGACGGUCAAGACCCAGGCUUUCCGAGAAGCCGUGGCGGGCGCCUCUUCCGAGCUAUUCCCUUCGGAAGGACAGAAGGCGGAGAGUGCGGUGGUGAAGAAGCUCAAGCAGCCCAAGAAGGAAAAGAAGAAAAAGAAGGAAAAGGACGGCAAGGAGAAGGCCUCGUUAGAGGGAGAGGAAGAGGAGGAGGAGGAGGAAGAAGAAGAGAAGAGGGGAAUGGGAAGCCUGAUGAUCGUCAAGACGGCGGGAGAGGCGUGGGAACGACUGCAAGAGAGGCUCAAGGAGUCCCCCAUCAUCCAGGACCUGCUGGGAGCUUCUAGAGUUGUGGCCUCGGGGUCGCUGGGACGAGGGGCCAAGGCUGCGAAGGACACGGUCAAGGAUAAGGUGGAGGACGUUCAGGAAGCCUGGGAGACCAGCCAGCACCCCCUGGUGUACAAGCUGUCCUCGGCGUGGGAUAGCUUGACGGCGGAGAGUGACGAGGGGAUAGGGGUGAGGGAGCUCCGGCGCCUUGACCCGUCAUUCAGCGUGGAGGACUGGAAGAGAGACAUCCAGGAGCUUUUCCUGCCGGAGUUCAUGUCCGCCUUCUUGAGAGGCGACGUGAAGUUGCUCAAACAGUGGACGGGGGAGGCGUGCUACAACAAACUUGCGUCCGAGGCUAGGCAACGAAAAGCCGACGGGAUGGUCUUGGACCCGCACGUCCUGGACAUCCGGCAGGGGGAGGUGCUGGCCAUCAAGGCGGACGCCGGGAAGGCCAACCCUACGAUCGCGUUGCAGUUCAUGUGCCAGCAGAUCAACUGCGUCCGCAAUAAAAAGGGCGAGAUUGUGGAAGGUGCCGAGGACGACAUCCGCGCGACGUACUAUAUCCUGGCGUUCCAGAGGGAGUUCAACGACGACGAGGCCGAGCUGAGGUGGAGAGUGGUGGACAUGAUGGUCGUUGGAGGUGGUGUUUCGUGUUCGGGUCAAUUGGCUGCGGCAGCCGCGGCAAGACACGUGAACGACCCUCCAGGGCAGUGCACAGAAGAGUAGCGGGUGUGGCGAUGGCCGACGAGGAAAGCCAAUAUUUUCUUCGAGCCCAUUGUCCUUGGAACGUAGCAAAGCUCCAUCCCGUACCUUGACUCUGUACGAUGCUUGUCCUGUUCUUGGUUGUCGUUAUGCAGCCCUUAUAGCGAUGCUUCUUUCACCCUUCACCUCCGGGACCGUUCCUAAAUCGCUUUUCCGCUUGCCCCUCUGCUGCCUCCGCGUGCUCUUCUGCGGUGUUUUGCCGACAAACUUCUCUGUGCGUCACGCACAGCCUUCCCGUGGUUGGAGGUGGUCCAACUACAACCACAUCAGUGCGAUCUUGACGUUGGUCUGGAAGUCUCUUCGUAACACUACGAAAACGCUGUCGGCCAUCCGGACUGCCGUAUGUUCGUCACAUCCCCCGUUGCCAUGUAGCCUGUUCAUUACAGGGCGGGAACGGAGAACAUUAUCAAGCCACGCUCAAGUGUUCCAGCCCGCCCUUUCGCGGAGCAGUCUGCAACUGGUGAACACAAUUCGACCUUGGCUGACGCCUGAACCUCUACCUCGUAACGAAGUGUGAAAAUCAACGCAGCAGAACAGCGCUAUGACACCCAUGCGAUGACCCAGUUGUUGGUGGAUGGAAUGCGACAAGAUCGAAGCAAGGCGCGUCCCGCGCCACGACGUGUAUACGGGUUCACGCAGGCACACCGACUUCAUCGAAUUUGCUGCAUUUAUCUUCCCCGGCUACUACAUGCACCUCAAACAUGUACAGAAACUCACGUUGGCGCUCAAGAAUGGAACUUCCUUGUGUAGGACGAAAACACGCACACGAAAACAUAUUGAAGCUAGAGUUACGAGCCCAAUCGCACCACAACGAGAUACCGCAAAGGGACUAAUCAACUCACCAAAACAUGCACAUUUUUCCUUUGUAUGCGUUCUACUAUUUUCUCUUGCAAGUAAUCUGGAGAAUAUGGAGACUGGACCCUGUCGUCCAACCUCCUCCAUGCCCCCCCAGCCAGGGGAGCCCGAUGACUACACGUCGUGUCCACAUUUGUAUCCCGCCAAUUGUUGUUGUUGUCUUCACAUUGAAAACCGUUCCGAUCUCCCUACUAACCAGUACUUAUCUCCCCAUAUCAUACUGAUCAAACACUUGAGCGAUCGAUUCCCCUCGUGGUCACAGGCUAACUUACCUAAAAAAGGUAGAACCUCAAUAAAAAUGGACCCAAAGGGUCCGCAAGCCAGUUUUAAAAUCAACAACAGAUGAUAGUCUGGGGCCCUCCGCUCCCGAGUCAACAGUACACUAUAGGCCAGAGAGAGGUGCAUCCCCCUUGUUGAAUCUUGUACUGCCAAGGCUGAAAUAUUUUGAUUGGUCCACCGAUUGACACGGUCGACGCCAUUGAACAAAUUGUAACGGUUCUUUCGCGCGGCUUUGAUCCCGCCGCAGUUGUCGAUCACUGCUGUCGCGCACACGGUCACCACUCCCCUCUUCCAUACCUCCAACCUCCCUUCCGGCAAGGGCGUCGUUUAGAUUUCCGGAGGCGAAGUCGGUCAGAGACUCACGCAACUUUUCCCGGUCGAGCGCCUGGCGCUUCUCCAGUGCUCGCCGCUUCAGGACGAUCUGUUUUUGCCGAAGUACGUUUUUUGUCCGACUUCAACAAAGCAGCAAAGCAUGGUGGACAUACGUGUAUGUGUAUGUUGCAUGGAAAAAAAGUAAGGUACAGCACCAUCGGGCUGUACAGAUUUGCAAGCCGAAGGAUUUGGAAGCGGGCUAGGAUUAACUCAGUUUUAUU